AUGGAGGUUGGAGCAGCACCGCCAAUCCUCCACUCUCCAUCACCGCCACGCCAUCAACACACCUCCAACGACCUUGGCACUCACCGCAUCUCCCAGAAUACAGCCAACCUCCCUACACCGCGUAUCCUAACGACGCCUCCGCAGUCACGAGUGGAGGGCAGUGGAGUCGGGACCUCGCGGGACCUCCAACUGAAGAUGCUCGUCACUGGCGAAUCUCCCCGGUCCACAGUAUCCACGGCACUGACCAACACGCCAAUUAUCAAAAACAGAAGAUCAUAG